AGGGGGCGUGUGCUCUGGGAGUCAGGGCACCGAGGGAUCGCGUGCGCUGUUUGCGAGGUAGGGUACGGACAGCUUACCAGAGUACUGCAAAUUGCAACGAAAAACAAAGAACGGGAUCAUCAUAGUUUGUUUAGAGAAGUUACAUGUUUGUGACAGAGCUGCUAUAUAGUUCUAGGUGGGAUUCUGACUCAUCUUGUUGAGAAUAGUGUUCGGGAAGGUGUUUCAGCAAACUUGGACUAAUAAUUAGGCUACCGGUGCAUGCUUCGUGAUACUGGGUCGAGUUUGGAGGAAUACUACCGAGACAAAGAACAGGUAACUGACCAGCUUCUGUGGGAUUUGAUGUCGGCUCUAGGUUGUUUCAACUGAAAAUGGAAACACUGGAGUCGGAGCUGACCUGCCCAAUCUGCCUGGAGUUGUUUGAAGACCCGCUACUUCUACCCUGCGCUCACAGCCUGUGCUUUAAUUGUGCCCACCGCAUCCUCGUCUCCCACUGCUCCACCAACAAGCCCGUUGAGUCUAUCUCUGCUUUCCAGUGCCCCACUUGCCGCUACGUCAUCUCCCUCAAUCACCGCGGCCUGGAGGGGCUGAAGCGCAAUGUGACUUUGCAGAACAUUAUCGACCGCUUCCAGAAAGCUUCUCUGAGUGGACCGAACUCCCCAAGCGAGAGCCGGCGUGAGCACCCCUUCAACAGCCGAGGCUCCCCAGCCACCGCCAUGUCGCUCGAGCGCAUCCGCUGCCAGUUCUGCGAGCAGGACCCGCCACGAGAGGCGGUCAAGACUUGCAUCACCUGCGAGGUUUCCUACUGUGACCGUUGCCUGCGAACCACCCACCCUAAUAAGAAACCCUUCACCAGCCACCGGCUGGUCGAGCCCGUGCCGGACGCCCACUUCCGGGGCCUCGCAUGCAUAGAGCAUGAGAAUGAGAAAGUGAACAUGUACUGCAUCGUCGACGAUCAGCUGAUCUGUGCCUUGUGCAAGUUAGUGGGCCGCCACCGGGAGCACCAGGUCUCCUCGCUGAGUGAGCGGUUUGAUAAACUGAAGCAAGCUCUGGACAGCAACCUCACAAACCUGGUUAAGAGGAACAGUGAAUUAGAAAACCAGAUGGGCAAGCUGAUUCAGAUCUGCCAGCAGGUGGAGGUGAACACAGCCAUGCAUGAAACCAAGCUGAUGGAAGAAUGUGACGAACUAGUGGAAAUCAUCCGGCAAAGGAAGCAGGUCAUCGCAGUCAAAAUCAAGGAGUCAAAGGUGAUGAAGCUUCGUAAGCUGGCCCAACAGAUAGCCAACUGCCGGCAGUGUCUGGAGCGCUCGAGUGCACUCAUCACCCAGGCUGAACACAGCCUGAAGGAGAGCGAUCAAGCACGUUUCCUACAGACGGCCAAGAACGUUGCCGAGAGGGUUGCCAUGGCAACAGCAUCUUCACAGGUUUUGAUUCCAGACAUCAAUCUAAAUGGGGCCUUUGACAACUUUGCUCUAGACUUUUCUAGAGAGAAGAAACUUCUAGAAGGGCUGGAUUAUUUAACAGCACCCAACCCUCCAGCCAUUCGCGAUGAGCUGUGUACUGCUUCUCACGACACUGUCACUGUCCACUGGGCCUCAGAAGACGAGUUCAGCGUUGGCUCCUACGAGCUGCAAUACACCAUAUACACCGGCCAGGCCAACUUUGUCAGUUUGUACAACUCGGUGGACAGCUGGAUGAUCGUCCCAAACAUCAAACAGAACCACUACACAGUGCACGGGCUCCAGAGUGGCACUCGCUACGUCUUCUUUGUCAAGGCUAUAAACCAGGCUGGAAGCCGGAACAGUGAUCCAGCCAGGCUCAAGACAAACAGCCAACCAUUUAAACUUGACCCCAAAACAGCCCAUAAGAAGCUGCGCCUGUCUAACGACUGCCUGACAAUGGAGAAGGAUGAGAGCUCACUGAAGAAGAGCCACACUCCUGAAAGGUUCAGCAGUACAGGGGCCUAUGGAGCAGCUGGCAACGUCUUUAUUGACAGCGGCUGUCAUUACUGGGAAGUCCUUUUGGGUGCCUCUACCUGGUAUGCAAUAGGCGUCGCUUAUAAAUCGGCACCAAAGAAUGAGUGGAGUGGAAAAAACUCAUCAUCGUGGGUGUUCUCGCGCUGCAGCAACAACUUCAUCGUUAGACACAACAGCAAGGAGAUGCUGGUAGACGCCAGCCUGCAGCUGAGAAGACUGGGUGUCCUCCUGGACUAUGACAACAACUCCCUUUCCUUCUACGAUGCCAUGAACUCGCAGCACCUCCACACCUUUGACAUCUCCUUCAUCCUCCCUGUGGUUCCCACCUUCAUGAUCUGGAACAAAUCCAUGAUGAUACUUGCAGGACUGCCUGUCCCUGACUUUGUAGACUGCACAGAGCAGCAGGAAUGCAUCUGUAGGCCUCAGGAAUCGCCUUAUGUAUCAAAGAUGAAAUCAUGUCAAUAGGCCCAAGAAAGUACAACAAAUAGUUGUUGUUGUUUUUUUGUUGAUGUUUCUUAUUUUUCCUCAAGUGUUUUUGUUCAAAUAUUAUUAUAAGAGAAUAAUUUGUCGUGUACAGUUAAGUGUCGCAACGGUUGACUUUAGUAUGACUACUACUCUUGUAUAUAAAAAAAAAAGUUAAAUAUUAUUUAUGAAUAAGUUGGAUUGCUUCAGUUUAUUGUAUCCAUAUUGCACUUUUUAGAGUUGUUUUGUUUUCUCUGUACGAACAUAAAUGGGGGAUUGUUUCUUUUUAAAUUAUAUUUUGGUAGAAUGUAGACGCUUUGCCGCCUUCAGGAGGGGGCUGUAUUUUUAGAACAGUGGGUUAUCAUCUUUCAAGUGAAGACCUAGAAUACGCACAACUUUACAGUCCGGUGUAGAGGGAGUUGGAGAACUCCAAAAUACAUUUUUACGUGUGUUUUUAUUUUGUUUUUGUUUUUUGUUUUUUAAUGAUACAUGCUACUGUCUAUAUUGUGAUAUGUAAAUGCAAUGGAAGCAACAGUAAUUAUAAUGCAAUCUUCUUUCAAUGGUCGCCUGUUGAUUACUUUUAGAAUUUAAUACAUUGUGCUAAAACAAAUUGUACUGCACCAUGAAGCUCACCCGAGAUGACUCUUUUUGAGGAAAAUAACUUUGAAUCCACUGCUCAAUACUGUAUAUGGCUAGAGUUUAUGGUUAGGUGGAUGUGUACCAUAUUAACAAGACAUUACCUCUUUAUAAAGUAAUUUCCAUUGUGUAGGCAAUUCCUGAUUCGACACUGCCAACUUCAGGUCUGAAGUCAUUUGUUGAGUACUGUACAAGCAGUAAAAGUAGUCUCUAAAAAAUAAUCUCAAAGGGCAAUUUAUUUCAAACUUUUUUUAUAUUGCCUACAGAACAUUGUUUUCUUUUGGCCUUGUCAUUAUUAACCAAAUUCAUAAAUGGCUGAAACAUGAAAAAACAAAGAGCUUUGGAUUGGGUCUUACAACCUCAUUUACGGUGUGUUGUUGUCCCGUUGCUGUGGACUCCACCCAUGCACACCAUGUCCAUCAUCUUGUCAAGAUUCCAGCUGUAUGUUGAAAUUUUAAUUGUAGGUUCACUGUAGUAGUUUCACUUCUUUUAUCUGAAGUAUCUGAAACUUGUCACUGGUCUCCAGUCAGCUGCUGCCAGGAAAAGCCAGUUGGCGAUAACAUAAUCUGAGAACUGGGCAAUUGAAACAUGGGAAUAACAGGGGGCAUGGGCAGACGUGAUGUAGUUCUUGUCAGCCAUUCAUACAAUUUGAAGUUCUUCCCUUUACUAGUUUAUUUGGAUUUUUACUAGUGCUUACUGGUGAUCGUUUUAAAUUUGCUUUUUGACAGGAGAGUAUAUUGGUCUUAAAAAGUGACAAUCAGUUCUAAUUCUGUUGCAAAAAUACCUAAAUUCACCCAUCAUAUCUCUUGAAGGGAUGCAGACUUGGCCAUUUGUGCUGGUUAGAAAAUAUAUUUUUAUUUUUGCAAUGACACUGGAGUUUCAGUCAAUGACAUUUAACUUAAUUCAAGAUUGUUCAUGUUUUUGGUGCCAUUAUGUCCCACACACAUAGUGCACCUGAAUGUAGACUUUUCAAGGGUUAGAUGUAGAAGCACUUUUUUUUUUUUUUUCAACAAACUCUGGACUAGUAACUUCAUUUCACCAUUUUCCAUAUGCUGUAUCAUUUAGAAAGCAUCCUGCAGUGACCGUUCAAAUGCCUUCUGCAGGAAGUGAAAGUAUAUUUUAAUAGCAUUAAUCUGAUUCAGUACAAAACAACAUCAGAAACGUUUUGGACAAAAAAUAUGAACAGUUGCCUAAAAAUUCAAAUAUUCUUCUGCUUAUGACUAAUCUAAAAAUACCUGGGUAAAAAAUAAUUGUAUACUGAGGUAACCACAACCAAAAAGAAAUAAUCCUUUGAGAGAGAUUACAUCAUCAUGGUGUAGAAAACAGCUUUUUCAAAGUUUAAUCAAAAUUUUAAAAAGAAAUAGGAAAUUGGUUUGACAGUGACCUGCAGUUCCUCUGCUAUGCAGUAAUAGUUAAUGUAUCAGUGUUUCUAUGGGGAAUUCUAAUGAAAUGAUGAGCAUAUCUGUAUCUGCAUAAAUUUUGGCUGCUAUAAAAGUAAUAAAAACAGCUGUGUAUAACUGCUUAUGUUAAAUUGGUUGUUGUGGUAAAUAGUUAAAUAAUGUACUUUCAGUAAAAUUAUAUACAACUGGAAUAAUUUACACCCAAAUGUACACAAUAUGUCUAAUUCUAUAGAGGUUUUCUUAUGACAUAUAAAUUCUGAGGUAGAAUUACAAUGUUUGAUGUACAGUUUUGGUGUAUAUUAUAUACAGGCACCUCCAAAGUUAUUGGCACCCUUGAUAAAGAUGAGCAAAAAAGGCUGUAUAAAAUAAACAACACAGGUAAUGAGCUAAAAAAUAUGGAAGAACUAUACUCUUUUAUACUAAUACAAUUGCUCAGAGAAAAACGUUUAGUUUCAAAAAGUAAUUUUUUUUUUUCUCAUAAAGAUAGAUGUCAAAACUAUUGGCACCCAUAAAUCCACAUUAACAUUCUACUUGAAGUACAUCUCAGUUUUGAACUGUAUUGUGGCUUUCUGAGGUAAAUGAGGUAAAACGCAUGUAAAAUCCAUUUGUCAUCCAUCACCAUGGGGAAGGUCAAAGAAUUCACGAAUGAAAAAGGACAAAUGGUGAUUGACCUUCAUAAAUCAGGCAAUGUGUACAAAAAAUAGCUAAAAACCUAAAUAUACCACUUACCACUAUUAGGGCAAUAAUUAAGAAGUUAAAAACCGGUGGAACAGUGGUAAAUCUGCGUAGUAGAGGACACAAGUGCAUCGUGCCCCCAAGCACAGUGAGGAAGGUGGUUUGGGAGGCAAAGAAGAAUCCAAGGGCCACAGUUGGAGUUAUACAGAACUUGGUUGCAUCUCGG